CGGGCUGAGGUCCACUUCGCGAGUGAAGAUGCGCCUCAGAAGCUGACGAUGCGCGCCACAGGAGCCGCUUCGUCGUGGUGUGAAUUGGCGCUGGGUGUGGGUGGAACAAAAAGAAGAGGAGCGACAAGGACCCAUUUAUGUGACCUUUUUGUGGGAUUUCAUCAGUGAAGAUUGCGCAUUUUUAAGCUCCAGACGCACAAAUAGAAAUCAAGUUAGUGGACUAAAUUGGAAACUAGCCAUUCCGUUCUUCGCUUAUAUUGGUGUGAACGAUUGUAAAUAGUGUAAAUUAUUAGCUUUAUUGACCUUUUAUGAACUGUUGCGCUCCCUCAUGAGACGUGUCUGCGAGCAAGGACGCACGAAGAUAAUGUGACUCCCUCAGAACUGACUACAUGUUUAAUUAACCAAGUGAAAUAUUUUAGGAGCUGGAAAAGUUUUAGUUGCACGGGAGGGGGAAAAAACAGUCAAAUGUGGCAGGGAGAAAAUCAGUAUUUUAUGGAGUCAGAGCUUAUCUAAUUAAAAGGUGCUGAUCCAUGUCCUGACGCAACAAAACCCACGCGUGUUUUGUGAGCUUAUAAUGGACUCGGAAGCCCCAUCGUGGAGGAUGCGAGGGAGCUAACAUUGUGAGAAAAACAACAGACGACAACAGCAGAGAGACUCCAGGAGAAGAGACCAAAGCAUGGCCUCGGUUCCGGAGGGCGGCUGCUCCCUGGAGCUGAGCAACCGGAAUGUGAGCAGUGCCUCCGUCCCCUGCAACCAGAGCGUCCUCAAGCUGGCGCCGUACUCCCCUGAAGCCACGGCGGCCUUCGCCACUGCCACAACACUAAUGGUGGUCUUCACCAUCGUGGGGAACAUCAUGGUGAUCAUCGCUGUGCUGACCAGCCACUCGCUGCGAGGGCCGCAGAACCUCUUCCUGGUUUCGCUGGCCGCGGCAGACAUUUUGGUGGCCACACUCAUUAUCCCCUUCUCUCUGGCCAAUGAACUUCUGGGCUACUGGUACUUCAAGUCUCUGUGGUGUGAGAUUUACCUGGCCCUGGAUGUGCUCUUUUGCACCUCCUCGAUUGUGCACCUGUGCGCUAUCUCUCUGGACCGCUACCUGUCCAUCUCCAGAGUCACCUACGGUCGCCAGCGGACUCCCAGACGCAUCAAAGCCGCCAUCGUGGUUGUGUGGCUCAUUUCCGCCAUCAUCUCCUUCCCCCCGCUGCUGUCCCUCAACAAGAGCGAGGUGGGCGACCUCGCGAGCGAGAGGGGGCCUCGGUGUCAGCUUAACGGCGAGCGCUGGUACAUUCUCUACUCCUCCAUUGGCUCCUUCUUCGCCCCGUGCCUCAUCAUGAUCCUGGUCUACGUAAGAAUCUACCAAAUCGCCAAGCAGCGAACACGGUGCCCCCCGGGGGAGCCACGCAAGGAUGGAGUCGGUGCCGCCACGCCGAGUCAGCUCAAGCGGCAACUACAAUCCAACGGUAAGGAAGAUGAUGAAAAAAUGUCAUCCCCCAAGAAAACAUCCAAAGCCAGACCCCCUACCCUCGCCAUUACCCCCUCCCCUUCAGGAGGGCAGGCAGAACCCUCCCAGGACCCCAACCCUAAUAAUCUCCAACCUCCACCCCCAUCUCCAGCAAUGAGCCGAGUCACCAGCUCCAUAGAUACCUCUCUGCAUGCACCCCACGCCACCCCCUCCCCACCUCAGCUGGCCCCAACCAAGACUAAAGUGGGAGGCAAGAAGUUUAAGGGGCAAAAACAAAGCAAAUCCGACAACAACAACGGCGACAGCUCCAGCACAGACAGUGAGGCCAGCAAUGGAGGGGGCCGGGGCAGCGCCAGUAUGCCGGGGUCACCCGCAGGAGGGGGCAUCCACUCCCCGGGUUCCAUCAAGCGCUACAGGAACAUGAUCGCCACUUCAAAGGGGGCGCGGCUGGUGCCAGGGAGGAAAUCAAAAAUCGACAACAACCCCGGGGCAGCUAGGCGCAAAGCCAUGGUCAACAGAGAGAAACGCUUCACCUUCGUGCUAGCCGUGGUCAUUGGGGUCUUCGUGGUGUGCUGGUUCCCCUUCUUCUUCUCCUACUCGCUCCAGGCAGUGUGCCCCGAAACCUGCGCCAUCCCCGACCCACUUUUUAAGUUCUUCUUCUGGAUCGGUUACUGCAACUCCUCCCUCAACCCGGUCAUUUACACGAUCUUCAACAAAGACUUUAGGAAGGCUUUCAAAAAGAUUCUGUGCAGAAGCACCAAGGGUACUUUCUUUUAGCAUUUACAACAAAUACAAAUACAAAUUGGUAUCCACACCAACCAAUGAGGCAAAUAACACUGACAUCUUUCAAAGGGCUGUAUUAUUAAUAUUAUGAGUCAUGGACGUAAAAUUCCAAAUUUCUUCAGUACAGUCGUAGAAUGUGUUACUUGACAUGUUAGACUUUGACAUCCAGAAUCAGCAUUUUUACACAAUAGGCUUCAUUUACAGGCUAGGUAAAUUUCAGGCCUGACUAUAGACUACACUAAUAAUGUGGACCAAUCUGAAGCAAAUGUACCAUAUCGCACUAACUGAAUGGUGGGAACAAGGGGGCCCAAAUCAGGGAGGCCACACAAGUUAAACCCACUAUAUAUAUACAAAUAAAUAUGGUUAUUUAUUUAUUUGUAGUUAUUAAAGACUGUAAGGUUGUUGAGGAAGGAAAAAAGGUAACCAUAAAGAAACUGACCUUAGAUUCAAACAAGCCCUGGGCCCUUUUGUACAUCAGCACAGAGCACAAGAAGCACACAAGGUUAGUGGUGAUUUCUUGCAGUCUUAAUCUGUUCAGCUGCAGGCCAAACAUGCGCUCCCUGAUUCCUAUCCAAAAGAGCAACAACAAGAGGCAUCUGGCGAUCGAAAAUGCGAUGACACAGAUGAAAGGGGCCUUUACAAUUAAAGGCACACUAACACGUUUGCGUCAAACGUGUCAGAUGCCUCAGCUCUCAGCUGCCUGCGGGUCAUUGUGGACACUCAGGUUGUGUGUGUUUUUUUUCUUUUUUUGAGUGCAAUUUUAGCAUUUUCACAAGAGUCACGAGAUAAAUAUAUAACGAUAAAGCAUUGACUUUAAUGCUUUAAUGGACCGGGAGUAGCAAUCUCUCCGAAAAGUAAGCCUCUCUAACGAGGUUAGUCAUACCAUGCCAUGGGAGGUUCAUAUGCUGAUUUAUGCGCAUUACUUUUCAUUUUAUGCAGCCCAUCAGUGAUAAGUGAGUGGGUAAACAUUUAAACAAAUGAUUAAGAGGACAUACGCACACUGCAGUGAAGUUUAUGUAUAAUGUCACCCAACUUGGAUUAUUCCGAGGCCCAUUUGCCUGAGUCACUCGUUUCACCUGCAGUGGAGCGGUGACUUUGUUUGUUUGUUUGUUUGUUUGUUUUGUUGAGGCCACACGUUAUCUCUCUUGCACUCACUCAUUUUCUUUCCUGCCAAAAGACGGAGGUUUGGCCAUUUGGCCAGAACGUGUGUUUUAAAAAGCACACAGGCUUAUUGACUCAAUGGGACAAGGGCUGUCAGCGACACAUUGUCUAAUUCUGCUGACCGUGUGUACGUGUGUGUGUGUGUGUGUGUGUGUGUGUGUGUGUGUGUGCGUGCGUGCAUGUGUGUGUGCUCUAAUGAUCUACAAGAGUGAAACAUAGAGACACUUUGCUUGUCAUGUGACUGCUUCUUUUAUAUUUGUGAAAUUCAGAUUUAUGUCAGCGUAUUGAGAGCCAUUUUCAAGUGUGUGUGUUUGAUUGCGUAUUGAGAAGGCACUCUUCCUCUGACCACCCGGAAGGGACCAAAGAGGCUUGGCCUGUCGCAUUGAUAUAUGGUUCCCAUGUUGUUUUACUUCAGUCAUAUUUACUGUGUGUGUGUGUGUGUGUCUGUGUGUGUGUGGGUGUGUGUAUGUUUAUGUGAUGGGAGGUAACGAUAUAAGACUGUACUAUUUAUUUUAAACUACUGGGUGUUUUCUCUCUAUUUAUUGUUCCAUUGGAGUGCUUUUAUUCCGAGGGUCAAACGAUAUCAGAUUGGUCCGAGGGUAAAAAAUAUUAAAUUACGUUCUAAUGAGCGAGAGCCUUAUUGAUUUUAAAAAGUAAAUGGUGGCUUUUGUGUGAUGGUGCCACAGUAUAUGAAAAAAAUAUGACUUUUAUGUGCAUAAAACGCCCCAUACAUGACCAUCUAUCAUCAUUUUUAAUAGCGAUAUAAGCACAUUUGGCAGAAAUGUCAGGAGAAAAAUCAGCAAGAGUAAAAGCAAGUAAUGCUUUAUGAACAUUUCUACUCCAAAAAUGCUGAUGAAAAUGACCCAGAACAAGAGCUGUUUCCAAUUAAACGUUUGUGAGUUGCAUUCUUACCAGAACCCAAACAACUCUAGACGUCAUGCUUUCAUGGCUGCUUUUGUAUAAAAAUUAGUUGAUGCUCACCUGCUCUACCCACCUCCAUUCUGCGCUUUUUGUGGUGAGGUUGCUACUUUUCUUAGUUUAAAAAAAAAAAAGUUAAAAUUAUGGCUUGAGGGCGACAGGUGCACUAAUCCAAAUCUUUUCACUGGAAAGCACCUGUUGUGUAUCUUCCCCCUGCUGUGUUCGGACCAGGAUGCAUAGUCGGCGCUUUGGAGCUGU